CAGAAACACGUAUGGGUUCAGGAAAAGGAUCCCCUGAAUAUUGGGUUGCUGUUGUUAAACCCGGUCGGAUCCUUUUUGAAAUGGGUGGAGUAACAAAAAAUAUUGCCAGAAAAGCUAUUUCAAUAGCAGCAUCGAAAAUGCCGAUACGAACUCAAUUCAUUAUUUCGGAGAUAGAAUAGAAAAUAUCACUCUAAAACUACCCCAAAGAAUCUUAAGAAUGAAACAAAAACAAAAAAAUAAGUUUCGUUUUAUGUUUGUGGACAAAAAAUAUUUCUUUUUUUCUUCGCCCUUUGCAUUGUGAAAGAAAAGAAUAAAAAAAAAUGCUAUGAUUCAAUCCCAAACCCUUUUAAAUGUAGCAGAUAACAGCGGGGCUCGAAAAUUGAUGUGUAUUCGAAUAAUAGGAGCUAGCAAUCGUCGAUAUGCUUAUAUUGGUGACAUUAUUGUUGCUGUUAUCAAAGAAGCUGUACCUAAUAUGCCUCUACAAAGAUCUGAAGUCGUUAGAGCCGUAAUCGUGCGUACCUGUAAAGAACUAAAACGCGGCAACGGGAUAAUAAUACGAUAUGAUGAUAAUGCCGCAGUUGUUAUUGAUAAAGAAGGAAAUCCAAAAGGGACCAGAAUUUUUGGUCCAAUCCCCCGGGAGUUGAGACAAUUAAAUUUUACUAAAAUAGUUUCAUUAGCUCCUGAGGUAUUAUAAAAAAAAAUUCAAAAAAAAAAAUGGAGUAGAAUCUGUCUCACGUAUAUAAUUUUAAGAUUAAAAUUAAAGUAAGAUAAACACAAUAAUCCAUAGACAAUAAAAAAAACACGUUGAGAAUAUAAAAUUUUUGAGUCCCAUAAUUAGAGUUUAUCAUGGGUAGGGACACUAUUGCUGAG